AUGAUAUUGAAAAUAUUGCUUUUACUUCUUCUUCUUCGUCUUCACGAUUUUUCAACAAUAUGCUUUUCUUUGAAGAAGCUAUUCUUGAAUUGCACGAGAAAUUCACCUAUCCGAGUGAACAAGGUAAAUUCCAAGACCUUACAAAUGGACACUAACUAUUUCUGCAGUGUAAAAAAGAAAUAUAUAUCACCAGUUAAAAAAUUCAGUUUGAAGGGAAUGAAUGAAGACGAUGAAAAUUCUGAAUCUUUUAAAAAUCAUUUAACAAACACGAACAUAUUUCGAAAUAAAUAUAACUACAUACCUUCAGUAGAUGAAGUCAAAACCGACAUUGAAAAUUUCAAAAAAGAAAAAUCCUUUUAUUUCACAGAACAUAGUAUACUAGAAGUUGUAAGUAUAGAAAAUAAUAUUGUUGUGAUUAACAUUGAAGGAAUGUUUUUUGAAGAUAUCAAUGUAGUAUUUGCAGAAGUUACUAAGUAUUUGCUGAGUAAGCAUUUAGGUAUUCUGGGUGUGCAUCCGUACAAUAUAAAGUCUCUCAAUAUAGGGAAAGGUGAGAUUUAA